GUGACGUCGACGACAACCAAGUAUUUAAUACUUCUCGGGAAUGAUAACGAGGCGGUGACAAACAUAUAUAAAAAGUGAAAGUGCCAUCAUCUUUUUCAGUUGGGAAAGCUGCAUAAAAACGAAUUAAUUAUUUAUUGAGGCGGUUUAGAAAGAGGGGCUAGCCCCAGCAGUGUGGAGGAGUAUUUAGCUCGAGACAAGAGAGGGUUUGGUCUCGUAGCUAAAAAAAUCAUGUCGAAAAAGUCAUCAUCACCUCGGGAGGUAUCAUGGGAUUUGAAGGCAGCUGGAGAUGAUGAUGAUGUGUGGGACAAGUUUUUGCCAUGGGAUUAUGGGGAGAUCCUUGCAAGAGCAGGGGUUUCUCCUGGUCUCACCACUAAGAAGCAGGCCUAUCUCCUCCUCUUUGGCUCUCCUUUCCUCUUGGAUCAUGGCAAAUUGAGUUUUAUGUUCAACAAGGGGGGAGGUGAAAAAUGUUGUAUGCUAAGUGCGAGGGAGCUUUCAAUCGCAUGGAAAGAUACUCCGUACUUUUGGCGAUGGACAACUUUGCCCGAGUCAAGAUUUUCUGAGGUGGCUGAGCUUCAAUGCGUGUGUUGGCUUGAAAUCCGAGGGAAGAUUGCUACCACAAUGCUAUCUGACAAGACUAAUUAUUCGGCAUACCUUGUGUUUAAGGCCAAAGCCGAAUGUUUUGGUUUGGAGAUUGCAGCCGAAUCUGUUGUCAAAUUUGUUGAUUCAGAAGAAACCGAGGUAAGUGCUGUUCAUCUGGUAUCCCCAAGAGCUACAGAUGGAGGAGCUAGAUAUAACAUUGGACAUGCAGACAGACAGGUGCCACAAGAGAAUGCACGACUUCCAUUUGAGAGACGGGAUGGUUGGAUGGAGAUACAACUCGGAGAAUUUUACAAUGAUCGUGGAAAAGACAAUCAUGGUGAAGUGGAAGCAGCACUUGUAGAGACUAAGGUGCAAAACUGGAAGGGCGGUCUCUUUGUAGAGGGCAUUGAGUUUCGGCCUAAAGGCAUGCAGAUAUAACUAGAUAGGAUGCUUAAUUCAUCCAUUUCUAUAACUUAUCGAGAGUGCUUGGUCUUGGUAUUGUAUGCUCAUGAGUCGUCUGUCUUCGAAUAGCGGAUUCUCUUCCUGGUUUUGGUAUUGUAUUGCAGGAGCAGUCUGUCUUCGAGUAGCGGGUGUGGCUCCUGGUUUUGGUAUUGCUUUGGUCCCUGGCUAUUCAACUUGAAUUAGAUAGCAUAGUAUAACUCUAAAAUAUUAUGAAUGUAGUCUCUUUUGGGGUUGCAGGUUUGGUUCCCUGCUAUGUGACUUGAAUUCGAUAGCAAGGUGUAACUAUAUGAUAUGAUAUUAUUAUGAAUCUAAUCCUCCUUUUUCCAGUA